AAACUGAGAUCAAAACAACCAGUCAGUAAAAAAAAUCACAACAAAGCAGGUGAAAAUUCGGGAGUCAGCUUUCUCAAAUUACCAGAUUUUCAUCGUAGAGUUUCAGACGGCGCCAUGAACGACGCCAAGGUCAGCGUCAGCUUCUCCUGCCAGCGCUGCCUCCAGCCCAUCAACAUCGAUGACUCGUUCGCGGCCCUCGGGGAGCACACGCUGGCCGAGCUGGCACUUCCCAUCAACUCCCACAUCGAGGUGGACAUCGAGUCCCAGCUGGCCAGUUUGGACCACUUUGUGCCGCCGUUCCGGUUUGCGGAAUCCAGCGGGAAUGACACCAACGGAUUUAUGCUGCUGUCGGACGGUCCGGAUCGGGAAUCGCUUAGCCAGAAUCUGCGCCUCAAGGCGGAGCUGUUUGACACGCUGUCCAACAACUCCGAGAUAGACCACCCGCUGUGCGACGAAUGCACGGACACGCUGCUGGAGCUGAUGGACAAGCAGCUGAAGAUGGCCGAAGACGAGUGGAACGAUUACAACAACUACCUGAAGAAGCUGGAGAUGACGGACGACGUGCCCAACAUCGACCAGCUGGAAAAGGAGCUCGUAGACCUGAAGGGCGAGGAGGAACGCCUCCUGCAAGAACUGGGCGAACUGUCCCGCGAGGAGGACGCUAUCCGGUCGGCCGUCAAGGAACAGGAAACGGAAAAGCAGCGACUCAGCAACGAGGAGGAAAAGUACUGGCGCGAGUACACCAAACACCGCCGGGACGUCAUUACGACCGAGGACGAGUUCCGGUCGCUCGAGUGCCAAAUGUCGUACGCCCAGGUACAGCUUGACAAGCUGAAAAAGACCAACGUAUUCAACGUCACCUUUCACAUCUGGCACUCGGGACACUUUGGCACGAUCAACAACUUCCGGCUCGGUCGGCUCCCAUCCGCGCCCGUCGACUGGACCGAAAUCAACGCGGCCUGGGGCCAAACGUGUCUCCUGCUGUCCGCGCUCGCCCGCAAGAUGAACCUCACCUUCAAGACGUACCGCCUCGUCCCGUACGGCAACCAUUCCCACAUCGAGGUGCUCGCCGACGGCAAGGAACUUCCACUAUACGGUAGCGGCGGAUUCCGCUUCUUCUGGGACACCAAGUUUGACGCCGCGAUGGUCGCCUUCCUCGACUGUCUGCAGCAGUUCAAGGAGGAGGUCGUCAAGAAGGACCCGGACUUUUGCUUACCCUACCGCAUGGAGAAGGGUAAAAUUGAGGACUCGGCCACCGGAAACAGUUACUCGAUCAAAAUUCAAUUCAACUCGGAGGAGCAGUGGACCAAGGCGCUCAAGUUUCUGCUGACCAACCUCAAGUGGGGACUGACCUGGGUGUCGUCGCAGUUUACCGACGAGAAGCAUUAGAAAGCUGGGUGGGGCAACCUUUCUCCGCGUUGUGUAUAUUUUAUAUUAUAGAGAGAGAGCGCGCGCACCAACUGUUACAGUUGCUUCGUUUGUUAGGGCACGAUUUAUUAUGCAAACUUGUGUUUAAAAGGAAAUCAGUAAUUUGUAAAAAAAAAAAUGUUUUGUAGGUGUGUUUGAACCUAGCGAGCAAAAUAUGGAAUAAUAAAUUUGUUAUUUAUCAAAA